ACGCAGCUGCGCCAUGCAGUACACACGGACGUCGCACCAACAGCUAGCCUGCUAAAAUGCCUCCCGAAGACCUCGACCCACCUCUGAAUCCUCGUCCCUGGGCGCACAUCGAUGCGUUAAUCCACUGAUAGAGCGUUUGGAGACGGAAUGAGUAUGAAAAAAUGGCGUGGUUUUGAGUUUUAUUUCCGCGUUGCGAGGCAGAGAGAGGCUGUUUUCCCCCCGGACGGUUAGCGGGGCGCGCGUGCGAAGAAUCUGAAUCGAGGAGCAGCGCAACAACUGAACAGCCUCCGACAUGGAAAAGCAGCAGAACGAUUUGGACCGGGACCGGCAGUACUGUGAACUUUGUGGGAAGAUGGAGAACCUCCUGAAGUGCGGUAGGUGCCGGAGCUCCUUCUACUGCAGCAAGGAGCACCAGAAGCAGGACUGGAAGAAGCACAAGCUCGUCUGUAAGGAGGCGGACAACAAGGCGGCUCUCCUGCACAAACAGAAGCCGGGACAGUCGGAGGAGGACAAGGACAAAACCCGAGACACGACGAGCCCCGAACAGCCCGCAACGGAGGCAGCCGGGGACAGAGCUGGGGACGCGGGACUCAACACCCCCGCCACACCUAACGGACAAACCAGCAGCCUGUCCCCGCAGAAACUCGCCACGGAGUGCAUCGUCCCGUGCAUGAACAAGCACGGCAUCUGCGUGGUGGACACCUUCCUGGGAGCAGAGACCGGGCUGAGCGUCCUGGACAACGUCAAGGCCCUGUACAAGACCGGCAGGUUCACGGACGGGCAGCUGGUGAGCCAGAAGAGCGACUCCACGAAGGACAUCCGGGGGGACAAGAUCACGUGGAUCGAGGGGAGUGAGGCCGGCUGCGAGAAGAUCCAGUUCCUAAUGAGUCGCAUGGACGACAUAAUCAGACAUUGCAACGGCAAACUGGGGAACUACUCUAUAAAUGGAAGGACAAAGGCCAUGGUGGCGUGUUACCCUGGAAACGGGACAGGCUAUGUGCGCCACGUGGACAACCCCAACGGAGACGGACGCUGCGUCACCUGCAUUUAUUACCUUAACAAAGACUGGAAUGCCAAGGAACACGGUGGCCUCCUUCGAAUCUUCCCAGAAGGUAAAGCCCAAUUUGCCGACAUAGAGCCAAAAUUCGACCGUCUGCUGCUGUUCUGGUCAGACAGACGAAACCCUCACGAGGUUCAGCCCGCCUUCGCUACAAGGUAUGCCAUCACCGUGUGGUAUUUUGAUGCAGACGAGCGAGCCAGAGCUAAAGAAAAGUACUUAACAGGUGCAGGGGAGAAAGGAGUCAAAGUGGAACUCGGCAAAUCACCAGAUCCCAGCUAGUACAACGACGGGGCUCUUUGCGAACAGCCAUUAAGUGCUCAAUCAAGUGACCUAUAGUGAGCGUGUGUGUGAUUUACAGGGCGACCUUAGAUUAGAAGAGGGUAAACACAAAGCGUAGCAAUGCAUGAUACAGCCUGUACGUACUGGGCUUGUACCCAGUACUUACCCAGCAAAUACCUGGUACAUACCAGGCACAAAUCUGGUACUUACCUGGCACGUAUCUGAUACUUACCCAGCAAAUUCCUGGUUCAUACCAGGCAAGUACUUGUCACUUAGC